UUUCUAAUUAACUAGCUUCAUGUACAUUUUUCCCGAAAUAGUAGUAGUCCAGUAAACCUCUAUGGUUAUUGGUAAAAUUUCUAUCGUCUACUUCAUGAAAUAAAUUCGAUAAUUCCAUAAGGUACCAUGAGGUAAAUUGGGGUGAAAUUGAUCACCAUUGAAAUCCAUACAUUCUUUUGGCAAUGUGCUUUUUUCGAUAUGCUAAAGAUAAACGAUGAUUUCUGUACUGAAAAAUAUCAUUUACAGCCAGUUUGGAAACGAAAAUAACGAUAUUUCAGGUUAACAUUUGUUUAUUUUGUUUCACGAGCUGCUUGUUGCUAAAUUUGCUCUUAUUUGAUCGUCGUUAUACCGAUUUCAAUUCGGUUUGUUGCAAAAGCUCAAAAACCAACUCUGAAAUUAAAAUCUUUGUGGUUUCCUGCGAAUUCAUCAGUACUUCUUUAAUGGUAUAGAAUGAUCAUUGUUGAAAAUGACAUUUUUUGAGCUUUUAUCAAACUUUACUCACUUCUCCAAAUUCAACGUAAUUAACCCUCAACUAAGAUUACUUUAAGUUAAUUCAUUACUUUUUUUUGUUAUUUGGAAACUUGUUUGAUCAAAUUUGAUUGAGUUUUGACUGAGUUAGCAGAAUUUUUCGAAAAUAUGAAAAAUUGCACCGGGCAUGCAAGGGUUAACUUUGACAGGUAUGUGAAUCAUGCAAAAGUUGCGUUUAAGGACACGUUAACAUUGCCUAGUGUUGUAAGAGCAAUAUCUUUAGAUUAGUAUUUUUUAUCACGAAUUUUCAGGUGAUCAAUUUCACCCCACUGAUCAAUUUCACCCCAUUCCACGGUACAAAAUAUGCUCUAACGUUAAUCUAUUAGGAGUUAUUCAACUUUCAAGUGUUUUGAAUACUCUUCCUUUAAGUGGCUUUAACUUUAGGCGUAUACCACUUAAAGCAUUUCUAUUCAUCUCAUUCGAAAGCUGAGAAAACUUUCUGAUAGACGUGUCUAAAUAAAUGUGAAAACUUAUUUUGAUAUUUUCUCACAAAAAACUGUGGUUAAAAAUAUUGUAUUUUGAGCUUAAAUUGAACAUUUUGAACCACAUUAAAGUUUGUUCUUUGGCAUCUACUCUGUAUUUCCUUUAGCUUUCAAAAAAUUACAGUUUUAAUUCAGCAUUUUUGGCGAUGGAUCAGCAUUAACACAAAACUGGCAUUCAAAACACAAGUUAAUGGAAAAAAAUGUCUUUUUGUAUUUAUUUAAACAUUUUAGUAGAAAUUUCUCUCAGCUUUCACAUAAACCCAGCAUUGCUUAAAAUUGUAUACACUUAAAGUAAGAGCAACUUUGAGGAAGAGUAUAAUUAAAUAAUAAUAAAUAUGGAGAUACAAAUUUUGCAGCAUUUGUCAGUCCACUAGCAGCUUCUCAAUAUCUUUUCCAACAUCUAUUCGGUAUUAUACUAAAUAAAAUAAUCGAAUAAUGUUUUUAGAAUUCAACAAAAGCUAUCACAGAGGUAGUGCUACAUAGAUUGUUAAACUGAUCUAGAGCAAAUAUACAGAGAGCAUUAUGUGGAAACAAUAUCAUAUCCACAGUCAAUACCAGUAAACUAACGUAGCUCAUUGUUUAACCCUGCAACAAGGAAGUAUGUCAACCCAAAAACCUCGCAUUUAUAGUCACAAAGUUCAACUUUAAUUUUGGUUUCAACGAUAUUGUAAGUCAUGGCAUCACCAAAGCGUAACACUAGCAUGCAGGAACGGCUAACGCUUGUCAGGGAUUGGUUCGAUCGGUACAUUAACUUGGAGGAGCUGUUUUCGUGCGCCAUUUGUCACAAUACGAUCACCGUCGAUCAUCCGAUCCAUUGUCCGCAGUGCUCGAAACUCUUCUGUAGCCAAUGCAUCGAUCAAUGGCUGAACAGACCCUCGAGAGGGUCCAUUGUGAGGCGGUGUCCUUGCUGCCAGGUACAAGUGGAGGCGAAGAAUUUCGUCUGCUGCCGUGUUUUUCAGGAUGUGGAUGAACUGGUCCAGCAGCUGAGAGAUAACCUUGAGGAGUUGGUUGAAAUGAUUCGGUGUCCGCUAAGUAUGUGUGAUGAGCACGGAAAGGAAUUGUUAUUGUUUUGUCAGGCUUGUGGAUGCUGCAUUUGUGUGAAGUGUUUGUUCAGCGACUCGCACAGUGCGCACAGUUCUAAAAUUCUAGACUUGGAUAGUGCUCGAGAAAAAUUCAAAAAAAUGCUCGAGGUAGAGAACUCAUUUCUUUUAAACAGACUAAAGAUAUUGCAAAAUGCUGGCGAUCAAAUCGCCGCGAACGAAAGCGAUCUGAUGGACGCUAAUGAGCAUGUUGUAGAAAAGUUAAACUUGGCCACGGAGAAGAUAAUUGAUAAGUUGCGGGACGAAAUGAAUGAGCGGUUCCGUCAAAACAUUGAACCGAUCAAAGCUGUUACUAAACAGCAACGCAGUGAGGUGGAAAAUGUCAUACAGAAGGCUUUAGAACUAUCUAACGAAGAUACAAGUCCCGAAGUGGUUAUGGAAACGUUUGAAAUGACUGACACAAUCACAAGAAUGCGUAAAGAGCCAUUGCCUGUUCUGCAAUUACCAGAAACUAAUUUUAUCGACCCGAUCACACCUCCGUCGGUGGAGCUUGAUUUUUUAAUGCGCAACUUUUCGGAGUCUAUAUUUCUCAACCAAUCGAUGACUUCCGAUGUGAAAUCCAUCGAGGGGUUCACGUUACAGCUGAAAGGACAUCAGGAGUACGAUGAUGACGGAAAUGAAGUUAUUCGACUCUCAUUACUAGUGGUGGACGGGUAUGAUGUGCACGAUGUUAAGGUAAUUUGCUAUCCGAUGAAGCAUACAUCGAAAGAACCGUUGGUUAGACUACUGGACGUCAAACGGUUUGAGAACAACACGGUUCUGGAAUUUAGUGGAUUCCAAGCAAUGGAAGGAUUUCUGGAGGAACAGAGUGAUGAGCUGCAUCUGAGGAUGAAGAUUCGCCUUUGGACUACUUAUUACGACAAAUGUGUCCAUAAAGAUUGGUAUAUUAAAAGGUUGGUAGGGUGAAUUUCUUAUAAUGAUUAGAUAGAUUUAUGUUUUUUUUUUAAGUUUUAUUGUAUUGAUUGUUCAACAAUUGUUCUUCGUUUAUUUAUUUGUCAUUAUUCAUCA